GAAGCCCAAACCCAACAAGAGAUUGAAGAUACGUUUUCAGACCGAAAGAUCUCAUCACCUCUUCCUCUCGUUACUUUGGUCUCCACCAGAAACAGAAGUUGCAGACUUUAUCCGAAUCUAGGGUUUCUUCUUCUCGUCGUUCUCUCUCCUCCCAUAAUCAGAUCCUCGAAACCCUACUUUUCGAAUCAGGUCUCAGCUUCUGUGUCGUUUUGCCCAUCAGAUCAACAAAGUUUCAUGUCUGAACUUGAUUCCCAGGUCCCUACUGCCUUCGACCCGUUUGCUGAUGCGAAUGCUGAGGACUCAGGUGCGGGAACAAAAGAGUACGUCCACAUCCGUGUGCAGCAGCGCAAUGGUAGGAAAAGCUUGACAACCGUCCAGGGGCUGAAGAAAGAGUACAGUUACAGCAAGAUACUUAAGGACCUCAAGAAAGAGUUUUGUUGCAACGGAACAGUGGUUCAAGACUCUGAACUCGGACAGGUUAUUCAGCUUCAAGGAGACCAGAGGAAGAACGUCUCCACGUUCCUAGUCCAGGCUGGCCUAGUGAAGAAGGACAACAUCAAGAUCCAUGGUUUCUGAGCUUCAUUGUCCCUAGUCUGUUUGCUUUGUUCUGUUAUAGUGUAUCACUAUCGUUCUCCCUCCCUUUCCAAAACAUUUCCUCAAACUUCUUCUUUGAUCUCUUGUAUUGCUUGGUUUUGUUUCGAUUUAGACUCGGUAUGAUAUUAAGAGACUACCAUCUUAUGUACUUUGUGCUACUCUUGUUACUUGUUUAAUAAAAUAGAUAUGAAAUUGUUGAAUCACAA